AUGGGUGAAAUGUCGCGACAUGCGAAACCCCUCCAGAUUGAAGACUAUGGGCUCAUCGGUGACAUGCGAACCUGCGCCUUGGUUGGCAAGAAUGGAAGCAUUGACUUCAUGUGCUGGCCUCACUUUGACUCCCCAUCUAUCUUCGCCAACAUCCUUGACACAACCAAAGGCGGCGGGGGGCAUUGGAAGAUCAGCCCGCAAAGCAGUACAGUGUGCAAACAGAACUAUCGGACAUCUUCUAACCUUCUUCAAACAAAGUGGAUUGACGAAGGUGGCGUGGUCAAUCUCACUGACUUCUUUGCCGUAUCCAAACACAACAAAGUCCUCAGAGAGAAAUGGAGCGGGUCUACCCUGGUGAGGAAGCUAGAGUGCGUCCGUGGGAAAAUGUCCAUUUAUAUCGAACUGUGUCCCCGACCUGACUAUGCACGACACAAGGGCUCCAUGCGAGUCUCUGAAGUCAAGAGCGAGGAUGGCACCUAUCACCAGUCCCUUGCCUGGGUUCCCGACGACAAGAAAAGGGAUGGGUGCGGCGACAUCCCAGAAUUCCACGCUACAUACUGCACCCACGACCGACCGGUCAAUGGACCACCAAAAAUGUUCCAGCCGAUCAAGCUCAGCGAAGAUGUCAACACUGACAGCAAACCACGAUCGUUCCGCGCCCGCUUCGACCUCCAAGAAGGCCAACAGAUCUUCAUGAUCAUGUGCAAUCGCCACGUCGCUCCACAUCUCACGAACGAUCUUGUAAAGAACCUCGAGAAUGAGGCCUACAAGUUCUGGACAAGCUGGGUGCGUGCGUGCCUUUACCGCGGGCGCUUCCAGCAAGAAGUCGAAAGGAGCAUGCUCGUCCUCAAACUCUUGACAUAUGACCCUACAGGCGCAAUUGUCGCGGCACCGACCUUCUCCCUCCCAGAGGCCAUAGGCGGGCCACGAAAUUGGGACUACCGCUACUCCUGGGUCCGGGACGCCAGCUUCACCGUGUACGUAUUCCUCAAAAUGGGCUUUCCGGCCGAAGCCGAAGCCUAUAUCAACUUCAUUUUUGCCCGCAUUGCCGAAUGGCGCAAGAUCGCCGAAGCAUCUGCCGGAGAGAGGCACCACCUCCCUCUAAUGUUCGGCAUCGACGGUUCGACGAGUCUGCCAGAACUCACGCUCGACCAUCUCAGUGGGUAUCAAGACAGCCUUCCCGUCCGCAUCGGCAACGCCGCCACCGACCACGUCCAACUUGACAUCUACGGCGAACUCAUGGACUCGAUCUACCUGUUCAACAAACACGGCAAGCCCAUCUUCUAUGCCCAGUGGCUUGACAUCCGCUACCUCACCGACUUUAUCUGCGAAGUCUGGACCGAACAAGACAUGUCUAUCUGGGAGGUCCGCGGCCCCAAGCAGCAUUUCACUUACUCGAAAAUUCUCCUGUGGGUCGCUGUAGACCGUGCUCUUCGUCUCUCCGAGAAGAGGAACUUCCCCUGUCCCAAUCGCAACAAAUGGCUACAGACGAGAGAUACGAUCUAUGAGGAGGUGAUGCAGAAAGGAUUCAACUAUCAGAUGAAUAGCUUCGUGCAGAGUUACGAGUCGAACACGACGUUGGAUUCCGCGGUGUUGAUUGCGCCACUCGUGUUCUUCAUGAGUCCGAAUGAUCCGCAGUUUGUGGGCACGUUGGACCGGAUCUUGCGGACGCCGGAAAAAGGGGGACUCACGAGCGCUGGGUUUGUGUUUCGGUAUGAUCACGAGCAGACUGAUGACGGCGUCGGUGGCCGCGAAGGCACAUUCGUGAUGUGCACAUUGUGGCUCAUCGAGUCCCUGAUCCGCGCGGCAAAAUAUGACUCCAAGUACCUCGACCUAGCGAACACCAUGUUUGAAACGGUCACGAAUUUUCGCAAUCACGUCGGCAUGCUGAGCGAAGAAAUCGCGCUAUCUGGCGAACAGCUGGGCAACACGCCGCAGGCAUUCAGCCACCUGGCGUACGUGUCCGCGGCGAUCAAUCUAGAGAGGGUCACACGAGGGGAUUUCGAGGGCGGGUUCGGAAAGUAA